AUGUUCCCUUCGUGCUAUUCAAAGCCGACGAGUUCAAAGGACCUGUUCAAAAGGACUAAUCUGACAAAGAUAUUACUAGGAGUGUUCGUCGUGUAUAUGUCACACACCUGCUGGGUGAUUUAUGGCUUUGUAUACACCAAGCCUUGUGAGAGAGGUAAAGGAGACUGCAUUUCUUCCUACCUUGCAGAAAGACCCCGUCUCCAGCUCAGCAUUUUCUCCAGUUUGAGGCCUGACCACAGUGAACUCAACCUCAUCAUCAAUAUAGAUGACUUUGACAUACAUUCUAAAUUUGAAAGGGUGGUGAAUGUAUCCCUGCCAUUGGCAACACGUAACAACGGGACUCUGCACACAUUGGUUUAUGUACACAAGUUUGGAGUGUCUCCCUUGCAGGAUAACCGGCAGGUCCAUCAUGUUGCCCAGCUCAGCACCUACAUGAUGUCCCGAGAAAAUCUCAGCUCUGCUAAAGAGGUCCUCAAAGUAAGACAACUUUCUCAGAAACAUGCUGCCACUGCUCCUCGAGUAGUAGACAGACCCAUCUCUCAUUGGAGGUCCCGUCUAACCCUAAACAUGAUGUCAGAGGACUUCACCUUCAACAGAGGGACCUUGCCAAGUGAUGUCCGGCGCUACAUGAGAGUAUUUCAGGAUGAGAACAGGAUGGUAUAUCUCCCACUUUUACAUAUUGAUGAACUCAGCGUCAGGGUAAAGGACAUGAUGGAGAUUAACGGCUCCACAACCAAACUACCUCUUACAAUAUCCUACGAAGGCCUAUCGCUGAGGCAAUUCCGUCUCUGGAUCCACAUGCAGGAUGUAAUGUUUUCACUGAAACGCUUUGGAUUCACUGAGGUGAAUAUAGAUGAAAUCAAAGGUGUUCUCGUGGACCACAACUUGUACCUGUUAGCAUUGACUACCCUGGUGACUGCAUUCCAUUUCAUAUUUGAAUUCCUGGCCUUUAAAAAUGACAUAAGCUUUUGGAGGAAGAAGAAAAACAUGGUGGGCAUGUCUCGCAAAACAGUGCUGUGGAGAUGCUUCAGCACCAUAGUGAUUCUCCUGAAAAUGCUGGAGGAACGAAGCAGCUUGCUAGGUCUCAUUCCUGUUGGAAUAGGAACCACAAUUGAGGUAUGGAAGGUCAAAAAGGUUUCCAAAAUACAGCUACAGUGGAGAACCUCUAGGUCUAUUGUUCAUGUUGGUAAAUUUGAUGAAUCAGAGAGAAAGACUAUACAACAUGACACACAGGCAAUGAAAUGCCUGUCUUAUUUAGUGUACCCUUUGUCUAUUAGUGGAGCCAUCUUCUCUCUGGUAUACCUGAGGUAUAAAAACUACUAUUCAUGGUUAAUCAACAGCCUUGUCAGUGGGAUUUAUGCUUUUGGAUUCCUCUCUAUGGCUCCUCAGCUGUUCAUUAACUUCAAGUUGAAGUCUGUGGGCCAUUUGCAAUGGAACGUAUUGAUGUAUAAAGCAGUCAAUACAUUUGUCAACGAUGUCUUCGCCUGUGUCUUCAGCACACACCCAUCCCACCAGCUGGGCUGCUUCAGGGAUGAGAUUCUGUUUCUCCUCUACCUUUACCAGAGGAGGCUUUACUCUACAAACAAGACCAGAUGUCGUGAGUAUGGAUCAUGCCACCACAACCACAGGAAACUCAAAGCCCAAUGA